AUGGAAAAAGAUUCUAAUCCAAUUACUAACGUAACCAGUAUUACUAGUAAUACUAACCGUUUAGAAGCUGAUGCACAUCAAGUUGAUCUUAAUGCUGUAACUUCUAAUGUCAUUUCCAUAGGAGCUGUUGGUGAAGCUCUUACUUCUUCCCAAAAGUUCAUUAUCUUAAGAAGACUUAAUUAUGAAAAUCUUAAUAGUUUUGAUGACUUACCUGUAGGAGCAACUUUCAUGAUUGAAAAAGUUCAAACUAUGGAUGAAGAGGAAGCCAUCCUGGUGUUGAAAGAUGCUUUGGAGGAAUUUCAAGAUGAUCCUAAUUUUCCUAUGGAAACCUAUGAUUUGAUUGAAAAGUUAAUUGCUGGUGAGUCUCAAGGAAUCAAAGGACAAUUGAACACUUCAUUCAAAGAUAAGGAAGAAUAUGUUCAUGAUGUUCACGAAAAAGAUGACAGUUCAUCAUUAGAACAUCUGGAUGUCAAUUUGAAUGAAGUCUUUGACCGUAAUUUCCAAUUGAGAUUGGAAGCAGCAUUAAUUGCUUAUUGGUCUCCUUAUCCUGAAGUUAGAGCUGUGACUGAUUGUUUUGAUGAUCCAAAUGUUGAGUGUGAAACUUUGAGAGUUUAUAUCUUAGGUCUUAUUUGGGUAGGUAUUGGUAGUUUUGUCAAUCAGUUCUUUAGUGAAAGACAACCCUCAAUCACAUUGGGCUCUUCGGUUGUCCAAUUGUUCUUAUAUCCUUGUGGAACAUUCUUGGCUGCAGUUUUGCCAAAAUGGAAAUUUACUGUUUGGGGUACUACGUUUGAUUUGAACCCUGGUCCUUGGACUUCAAAGGAACAAAUGUUGACUACCCUUUUCUAUUCAGUUUCUGGUGGUUCUCCUUAUGUUUCUUCUAACAUUCAUGUUCAAAAGAUGCCUAUGUAUUAUAAUAACCAAUGGGCUGAUUGGGGAUAUCAAAUUUUAUUGAUGUUAUCUAAUAAUUUCUUGGGUUUUGGAUUAGCUGGUGUUAUGAGAAAAUUUGCAGUUUAUCCUGCAAGAGCAGUUUGGCCAACUUUGUUACCAACUUUGGCAUUGAAUGCUUCUUUAACCAAACCUGAAAAGAAAGAAAACAUCAAUGGAUGGAAGAUCUCAAGAUUUGCUUUCCUCUGGACUGUAUCAGGGGCUUCUUUCCUUUAUUUUUGGUUCCCUAAUUAUUUGAUGCAAUUUUUAUCUACAUUUAAUUGGAUGACUUGGAUCGCUCCUAACAACAGACCCUUGGCUGAGGUCACUGGUUCUUUGGGAGGGUUGGGUUUGAACCCUUUCCCAUCAUUUGAUUGGAAUGUUUUAAAUAAUGCUUCUUUAGCCUAUCCCUUCUAUACUCAAGUUAGUAUGUAUAUUGGUUCUUUCCUUGGAUUUUUAAGUAUUAUCGGUAUCUAUUACAACAACCAUUUAUGGACUGGUUACAUGCCUAUCAAUUCCAAUAACUUAUUCACUAAUGAAGGUGUUACAUAUGAUGUCAAAGCUGUGGUCAACGAGAAAAGUUUAUUUGACGAGAAGAAAUACCAAUUGAUUGGCCCCCCUUAUUAUACUGCUGCUAACUUGGUAGUCUAUGGUGCUUUCUUUGCCAUCUACCCUUUUGCUUUUAUCUAUGAAGUUAUCGCUAAUUAUAAGCCAAUGUAUUUUGCCUUAAAACAAUUAUACAAAUCGUUCAGGAACAUUAGAAGAUCUAACUUUGAAGGCUUCAAUGAUCCUCAUAGUAGAAUGAUGUCUCAAUAUAAGGAAGUUCCCGAUUGGUGGUUUGGAAUUGUGUUGGUCAUUUCAUUGGUUUUGGCUAUCAUUUGUGUCAAAGUUUAUCCAGCAGAGACUCCAGUAUGGGGUAUUUUCUUCGCCCUUGCUAUCAACUUUGUGUUCUUGAUUCCCUUGACUUCAAUUUAUGCCACUACAGGUUUCUCUUUUGGUCUUAAUGUAUUGGUAGAAUUGAUUGUUGGUUAUGCUAUCCCAGGUAAUGGUUUGGCCUUGAACUUUAUCAAAGCUUUCGGUUAUAACAUUACAGGUCAAGCUGAAAAUUAUAUUACUGAUCAGAAAAUGGCUCAUUAUGCUAAAAUUCCUCCAAGAGCUUUGUUCAGGAAUCAAAUCUUAUCGGUCUUUGUGUCUUCUUUCAUCUUCUUGGCUGUGAUCAACUUUCAAAUCAAUAGUAUUGAAGAUUAUUGUUCUCCAACUCAACCACAAAAGUUUGUUUGUCCAGGGGUCAGAACUUUCUAUAGUGCCUCUAUCACUUGGGGUGUUAUUGGUCCAAAGAAGGUUUUUGGAGGUUUAUAUCCAAUCUUACAAUAUUGUUUCUUAAUCGGUGCUUUAUUACCAAUCCCAUGUAUCUUGUUCAAGAAAUACGGUCCAAAAUCUGUAGCCAAAUACUUCCAACCAACACUUAUUAUGGGUGGAUUCUUAAAUUUUGCUCCUAAUAACUUGUCUUACUUAACUGGAGGUCUUUAUUUAGGUUGGGCUUUUAUGUACUAUGUAAGAAGACGUUACUUAACCUGGUGGGAAAAAUAUAAUUAUGUGUUAUCAGGGUCUUUAAGUGCUGGGGUAGCCUUUUCUUCCAUCAUUAUAUUCUUUGCUGUACAAUAUCAUGAUAAAUCCAUCAGUUGGUGGGGUAAUGAUGUCAUGUAUGAAGGAAUGGAUUAUUAUGCCAGAACUGUUGGAAGAUUAAAUGCUACAGAAUCUGCUCCUGAUGGAUAUUUCGGUAUAAGAAAAGGACAUUACCCAUAG